GUCCCGCCUCCCCGUGCGCGGCCUAUUCCUCCUCCCUCCCGCCCGGCCCUGCCUCACCGCCUGUCUCCCCAGCUAUCAGUCACCGCCGGGCCAAGACCAUGUCAACCGGGCACCAGCACAGCCAGAGCCGGGCUAUCCCCACCAGGACCAUCCCCAUCAGCGAUUCCUCUCAGCUACCUCAUGACUACUGCACCACUCCGGGCGGCACGCUCUUCUCCACCACCCCGGGGAGUACCCGGAUCAUUUAUGAUCGCAAGUUCCUGUUGGACCGCCGCAAUUCCCCCCUGGCUCAGACUCCUCCCCACCGCCUGCCUGAUAUCCCAGGGGUAACCAGCCCUAAUACGGCUGUAGUGGAGGCCAAAGUAGAAACAAAAAACUUGAACAAUCAUGACAGGAAGACGAACCUGGGUGACGAUUCUCAGUUCGAGAUGGACAUCUAAUCUCCGAGAUACUCUACAAGAGCUCCCAAAACUUGCGUGUACCUGACUCAGCCAAUAGAAUUACUUUGUUGCAAAACCAUUCUAAGGCGCAGUCCUGCGUGUAGAAAUCUGCCCUUCCAGGUGCCAAAGGUCAACACAAAAAAAAAAGCUCCCUUUAUGUUGUAAUUUUUUUUUUCCCCCUCUCAAGUGGCUCAAUUCGCCCAGCAAUUGGCAGAAGGGUGAUGAGGCUUGUGAGUGUUUGCUGGCUUGGUGUUAACAAGCAGGAAGAGAUACAGUUUGCCAAUACUGUAGAUAACUUAUUAAAAUAGUUGGUGGAAGAAAUUCUGCACCUCCCUUUA